CAACAAUACACAAAGUCAACUUGUUAUUGUUUCGCAUCGAAAAGAUAAGUUUACAAUGGCCGAUCCUCCGAGAACCCCUCCCCCUACUCUCCCUCCGUCGACGGGUCCUGGCAGUACCGUUGAUGACAUGCCGCCUACACGGCCUCCGCCGAUCCUGCCUGCUCUGACUGCCCUGGCAAUCUCGACUGCCUCGCCCUCGCCCUCACACUCGGCCCAGGCGCUGGUUUCAAAUGCUGGAACUCUUUCCGUGCCCCCUCGGAGCCCCAAAUGCUUCCCAUUCCGGUUGGGCAGUUCGACAACGUCCAUAACAGUUGGAAACAGACCGGCGACUCUACCACAUCGCUCCGCGAAGCUUACGGUCUCUUGGAAUGGUCCGAUGAACCACCCGAGACUUUUGAGGAACAAGUCAUCCGGGCCAUCGACACGACUAUGCACCCCAUCAAAAUGGCGGACGUUGCCCUCAGCAUGCUCGACAAGAAGCUUUCUGUCUUUAGGUCACCCAAGGGCAUUGGCUACGCGGAGAUCGGCAACGACAUGCUUCAGUACCAUAUUCUCCUCAGAGUCGCGAAACAUUUCCUGGGCAAACGCCUUAUGGAGCGAAUGCUUCCCGAAUUUAAGAAGCACAAGCCUGGAACAUUGGACGGUGGCAGCAGUCAAGAGUACGCCAUCUUCUUGGCACACUAUACGGCGGCAACGGUGGAAUCAGCCGCCACUCCCAGUGCCCAGGCCCAGGUUGCGCAACCCGCCCGACCCGCGCAGGUGACCCAGCCCGCUCCCGCCGCCGCCAGUAGUGAGCCGCCGCCAAACAAGUUGAGCUUUCAUCUCCAGGGUUACAACUCCAAGGUCAAGAAGGCCCCCACGGCACAGGUCUCAGCUCCUGUCUUUGUCGAGUCCACCGCGAGUGGGUAUAUCGGCCAAGAGAUCAACAGCUCGUUGCCUCUUCGCCAAGCGGUGUGGAAGAAGACCGGAGACAAGGGCUCUCCAUUCGCUUACGAGCUGACCAUUGCGGACGCUGCCGCCGCUCAGAGGUACAUCUGCAAGGUAGAGGGGCUCGGCAACGCUUCGCUUCUCUUGAACAAGGGUCUCAAGUUGAGGUUCCAUUACCGCGGUAAAGAUGCCUACCUCGUCGUGGCCCCCCCUCGCGGCUCCAGGGUAGACGUCGUUGCCCCCGUUAUGCAAUGCCUCUGGCGGGUCCUAAUGGACUGGAAAAUUCGCGGUGAGACCCAUGGGUACAUUGCCCUUGAAAAGUACUUCAAGGACAACAGACGCCUUCUCCUCGGCCAGGCCCAAGCCAUUCUCGACAAGGCCGAAGCUGACCGGCUUGCUACCGAAGUGGCACGAUACAACAAGGGACUGGAAAAAUCCAUCAGGGCAACUAGGCCUAAUUCAUCUGUGCCGCUCAAGGAUGCAAAUAAGGAUGCAAACAUGAACGCCUUCAAGAGCAAGGCUCCUCCAGCUCCUGGCCAGCAGCCCCCUCGCAAUUCACUUGCAAGUACGCAGUCUGGCGAGAUAAGACGGACUGGAGACAGCCAGUCUACCCAGCGUGCCUUACGUCCAGGCUCUUCCGGCUCAAGGCUAUCCAAUGGGACCGCCGAUGCUCCCGCCAAUUGGACAGUUUAUGGGACAGCCAUACUUCCCGAAUCUGGGAGCGUAUCCUCAAGCCCCAAUGGGACCACUUGACAACAGCCAUGAUCCUCCUCCACGAUGGCGAGGCUAGUCGAACUCGGGCUAUUUCUAGGCACCGUACGGUAAGUACUGAUUCGGCAGCAGGGGCCGGGGAGGUUCCUCGCUCUCUGUUGAGUGAUAGAUAGCUUUUGUACGAGUAAUUUCAAACAUUUUUAGAAGCA